AUAUGGUAACAUGGUAUCAGUAUAUCAGUAAUUUUUAUAAAUUUGUUUUUUCAUUAUCCUAAGAGUUUGAUCAAUUUAACCCUUGCCCUUCAUAAAAUCAUUCAACUCGCCCGCCAAGGUGAAAAAUCAGUUUUUUUGGCCUACACACCUCGAUUUAUCUUGGUUGGGUAGUUAACAUUUUAAUACCUUUGGAGAAUCAAAUAUGGCGUUUUCGAUAUCUUUCUAUUCGCCAUCCAUCCUAAUGGUAACUACACCUUUUUUUAUAGUAUUCAUAUUGCUAAUAUAAUAUUAUUGUAAUAUUUCUUAACAUUGUCUUUCAGAGUUCUGUUAAGGUAUUCAAAAGGUCUUUAUCCACAACACGUAUGUUAGCUAAUAAACAGGUAUAGACACUAUCUCUUGACUAUAGAUUUUAUAAUUUAAUAUAUUAACCAUCUUAAUGAUUAUAUAUAGAUGACCGUUAGAGAUGCAUUGAAUUCUGCCAUGGACGAAGAAAUGGAACGCGAUGAAAGAGUUUAUAUUUUAGGUGAAGAGGUUGCUUUGUAUGAUGGUGCUUAUAAAGUCUCUCGAGGAUUAUACAAAAAAUAUGGCGAAAGUCGUGUGAUUGAUACUCCUAUAACAGAAAUUGGUUUUGCUGGUAUUGCUGUUGGUUCAGCAAUGGUAUUUUUUUAAUUUCAAUAUUGUAUUAUAAAUAACUCUGCCAUUACUCUGAAAUUCAUGUUCAAAACAUAUUAUAAUUUAAUUAUUUCACUGUAGUUGCAGUGUUAAAUCAAUAUGUUAUGAAAUUUGAAGAAGUUUAAAUUAAUUUUAAUAUUUUUAUAGGCUGGUUUAAGACCGAUCUGCGAGUUUAUGACUUUUAAUUUUUCAAUGCAAGCUAUUGACCAAGUAAUUAAUUCGGCUGCAAAAACAUUUUAUAUGUCAGCUGGCAGGGUAAUAAAAUACAUGUUUUAUAUUAUUUUAUUUAUUUAUUAAGAAUAAUGACUAUAUUAAUGCAGGAGAACUUCUGACAAUGGUCACAUCUCUAUAACAGUUAUAUUAUUUUUGUUUCCAAAAAGUGUUUUCUGACUUUUAUAUUAAUAGAACAGCCACCUCUAAAUAUCAAUAACUAUUUGUAUUCCUUUUUGUGAUUAUUAAUUGCAAGUUUUACUGUAAUUACAAGAUUGUGUGUGCUAAAUACAUUUUUAUUUAAUCAUAUAUUUUAUCUAUAACUUGAUGUUUAAAAUUAAUAAUUAUUUGUAUUUCUAGGUCAAUGUACCAAUUGUAUUUAGAGGGCCCAAUGGAGCAGCUUCUGGUGUUGCUGCCCAACAUUCACAAUGUUUUGGAGCUUGGUAUAGUCAGUGUCCUGGUUUAAAAGUAAAUUAUAACUUGAAAAAUAUAACAAAUUGUUUGAAGUAUAAACAAAUAAUUGUUUGGUUUUAGGUUAUUUCUCCUUAUAACUCUGAAGAUGCCAAAGGACUAUUGAAAGCUGCUAUCCGAGAUCCAGAUCCAGUUGUGUUCCUAGAAAAUGAAUUAUUGUAUGGUAAUCAAUAUCCAAUCACUGAUGAAGUCUUAGAUAAAGAUUUUGUACUGCCAAUUGGUAAAGCAAAAAUUGAAAGAAAAGGUAAAAACUAAAAUAAAUAUUAGAUUUAUAGUAAACAACUUAAAAUUUAAAACCUUAGUUCUAGUUUAUAAUAUUAUUUCUCUAACAUUAGUAAACAGGAAUUCAUUUUUAUAUUUGUAAAUAAUUUUUUGAAAAAUUAUAUAUUGAACAAUGUAUUUAGUUGAAAGGGAUAAUAUGUUAUAGUUAAUUUUGAGAAAAUUAACUCGUAGUCUCAGAGAUCAUAUGGUAAUUUUAAACAUUCUCAAGGCCAAUAUCUACUUUUUUACUUUUUAACUUUUUUCAUAGCUUGGUAGAUUUUCUAACCAAUACUACCUUAAAUAUUUAUAAUUUUAAAUGUAAUAUUUAUUUAUCAUGAUAGCUGAUAAAAAAUGAGAACAAAGAAAAAUGUCUAUUUGAUUUUUAUUUAGGAGAUCAUAUAACAUUAGUGGCUCACUCAAAAGGUGUUGAAUUGGCUUUGGAUGCAGCAAAAGAAUUAUCUGCAAUAGGAAUUGAGGCAGAGGUUAUCAACUUACGAUCAUUAAGACCACUUGAUAUUAAUACUAUUAUACAAUCUGUAGUUAAAACAAACCAUAUUAUAUCUGUUGAACAAGGAUGGCCUUAUGCUGGUAUUGGAUCAGAGAUAUCAGCUCAAAUCAUGGAGAGUAAGUUUUAAGUUAUGAUUAAAUAUUUAUUAUUUGUUUAUUUCAAUUUUAUUUCUAUUUCAGGUGAAGCAUUCUAUCACUUAGAUGCACCAGUUAUAAGAGUAACUGGAGCAGAUGUUCCAAUGCCUUAUACUAAAUCGUUAGAAAUUGCUGCAUUACCACAACCAAAUGAUAUAGUAGAAACUGCAAAAAAAAUACUAGGUGUUUAAAAUACACAUUAAAUGCUAUUGUUAAAAAAAUUUUAUUUGAUUUAAUAAUUAGUUGAAAUGUGAACACACAAUUAAAAUCAACUGAUUUGAAAUCAAGAGUUCAAAAAUAAUUCCAUGUAUGUUUUUAAUUUAAAACUGUUAAUGUUUUCUUGUUAAAGUGUCAUAGAUAAUAUGUAAUGCAUAAUAUUCUAUCACUAAUUUAUAAUUAUAAAAAAAAAAAAAAAAAAUACUGUUAUUAAUACUAUUAUAUUUUCAGUAAAUGUAUGUUAAAAAAGUAUUUGUUGAACAAUUUUAUAUUUAUUGUGCUUUGAAAUGUAUUCAAAUAUUAGAAAUGAAAAUAUGUAACGCAAAUUUGUAUAGCAAGUUCAUUGCCCAAAUCCAUUUCAAACCUAAUAUGUCCUUCAUUCUUUUAAAUUUCUUGGUUCGAUUCUAAAACACAUGACUACAG